CCUUGCAGUGGGUUUGGAGCAAGUUCUCUUUUCAUUAGCAUGCAUGAAGUCACAUUAAAAAAGCACAGUGGGAGUUUGGGACUCCAAUCACAUUCCAGGCUCAUUCAAGAAAGAUAUGCAUUAGUCAUAUGACGUCCGCUGAAGUGACAGCCUGUAGCAGCUCCAAGGAAUCACCCUACAGUUCUACUAGAGGAAUAGUUCCUGCUGUGCUUUCCUGGGCUCUCUUGCUUUGGAUUUUCAUGCAAGCAAAGCGACGUGUUUAUGAUUUUGGUCUUAACAGUUUUGUUGUGCAGUGCUGGACAAGAUUUAUGUUUCCCUUACUGCAUUUAGGUCCAACAGUGAUCAGUCCUGAGGAUGAGGCAACAGAUACAGAAGAUAAUGAAGAGGAAGACUUGGGAGUAAUGGAUGAACAACGCAGUGUUAUAUUGCAUCUUCUGUCACAGCUGAAACUUGGCAUGGACCUCACAAGGGUAGUGCUUCCAACAUUUAUUUUAGAGAAGCGAUCACUCCUGGAGAUGUAUGCCAAUUUCAUGGCCCACCCUGACCUAUUUUUGUCCAUCACAGCUGGAGCGACUCCUGAGGAACGAAUGAUCCGCUUUGUGGAGUAUUACGUGACAUCAUUUCAUGAAGGACGUAAGGGAGCAGUAGCCAAGAAACCAUAUAAUCCAAUCAUAGGGGAGACUUUCCACUGCUCUUGGGAUGUGCCUAAGGACAAAGUGCGAUCAAUUAGGACUCACUGUGCAGCUGCUAAUGCUAAGGAUCAGGCCAAAAUCCAGGACAUGGAUCCUAGCUGGGACCAGUCAGAGAGGUACAAAUUGAGGUUUAUAGCAGAGCAAGUCUCUCAUCACCCACCAGUGUCAGGUUUUUACUGUGAAUGCAAAGAGAAGAAAAUGUGUGUAAAUGCUCACGUGUGGACCAAAAGCAAAUUUAUGGGGAUGUCUAUAGGAGUCUCCAUGGUAGGUGAAGGCAUCCUUUAUCUACUAGAACAUGAAGAAGAAUAUGUUUUUACGCUGCCUAGUGCCUAUGCACGCUCUAUUCUCACAGUUCCUUGGGUUGAACUAGGAGGAAAAGUUAAUAUUGUUUGUGCCAAGAGUGGUUACUCAGCCACAGUCACAUUCCACACCAAGCCCUUCUAUGGAGGAAAAGUCCACCGAGUUACAGCAGAAGUGAAACACAAUCCCACAUCUACAGUUGUAUGCAAAGCACAAGGGGAGUGGAAUGGCACUCUAGAAUUUACCUAUAAUAAUGGAGAAACCAAAGUGAUCGACACUACUAAGUUGCCAGUCAUCAGGAAGAAGAUUAGACCAUUAGAAAAACAAGGACCAUUUGAAUCAAGACGUCUUUGGCAGCAUGUCACAAACUCACUGAAAACAGGUGACAUUGACUUAGCAACACAGCACAAGCACCUACUGGAAGAGAAGCAGCGGGCUGACCAGAGGCAACGAGCAGCAACAAAUACGCCUUGGCAACCGAAAUAUUUUAUUAAAGUGGGUGAUGGCUGGGAGUAUUUCUGUCCCCUCUGGAAGACACACCGAGGUGAUACUGCACAUUAAUUGCCCCCGUAAGUGGACUGUAUCAGGAGUAAUCUGGAAAGGUUCCUCCAGAUGACUCUGCAUCCAGGAGCAGCACUUUUCUGAGAGAAGUAGGGACCAGUGCGAUAAAGACAGUCAAAUAAUGCAGUAAAUAAAGUUGGGCAGAGUGGCUCCCAAUCUCAAAACAUCCCACAACUCUUUGCCAAUCAAAAGCUUUCUUAUGUAGUCUUAAUGCAGAACUUGUGUUUAAAUUUAAUAGCUAAUAAUUUUUUAUUAUUGUUAGAAAUGUUCUAUUUUUCACCUUUGUCAAAACCUUUUAAUGCACUUAUACAGUGUGGCUUACCACUGCCAGGCAUUCACUGUUCAAACUGUUUCACAAAAGACUGUGCAGUGGUAAUGUACCAUGAUCAUUCAAAGAGGACGAAAACUGGCAUUAUUCAUUAUCUUGUACCAUUUUCCAGUGUUGAAUAGUCUGAAAUUGCCAUUGUGUUUAGUUUAACUGUCUGUCACAUUAUAGCAUUCAUUUUCAUUUUGCGUUCCAAAGAAAUAUUCAUUCAUGUUGCACCACAUGUCUAUUAUGCUUUCAUACUAUUUAUUUAGCUUGUGUUGCCAAAGUUCAGAUCUUGUCAAUCUGGAGCCCAAAUGGUGUGAUAGCCCCUCUUUCAGUCCAUAUUAGUUAUUAUUCAAAAGAAGUCUAAAGGAACUGCUUAAAAACUUGUAUCAAAAUAGCAGUUGUUUAAAAAUAAAUACUUUACUGAUAGCUAAAUGUUCUGCAGUAGAAAGGGCUUUAGUAUGAGAAUAUUUUGGAUGAUUUGUUUUUUAUGGAGAAAUAUGUUGUAUACUAAGAUAACUCUUAAAUGAAAGCACUGUGAUUAAACUAUAUAGAAUGAAAACACUAUAGGAGGAGAAGAUGGUUGUCAAGGUACUACAGGCUAUCAUAUAGUCAUAAUUUCUGUUCAGCAUUUAUAGGAUGAAUUAUUUACAUGCAUUAAUGUUACAGUCAUUGAGAAAGUUAUUAGAUUCUGUGUUGCUUGGUAAUUGGCAACUUUAUUUCCUUUGUACCAGAGAUGCCCAUUUAUCCACUAUUUGCAUUUCAUGCUACAUACAGCUGUUUUUCAAAAAAUAUGGUAUUACAUGUCCAGAUUUGUUUUUAUUUAGUAAACUAGACUUGUGCCUUUUUA